AUGAAACUGGACAUGUUGCCGCCUCGUAUUCAGAGACUAUGGCUGAAGACUAUGCGAUACCAGUUCCGUAUGCUGCACGUGCCAGGAAAGCUGCUAGCCAUGGCCGAUACUUCGCCGCGCAUCACCCACAAGCCACCCACUCCCCUAGACACUAUUGAACUUUUUGCAGCACAGGUAGUCAGCUGCACGUUGGAAGUCUUGCCACUCAGCCCACUCACACAGGCACAAGAGUCUGAUGGCGAGUGCAAGGCCCUCGCCUCCUACUGCCAGCAUGGUUGGCCACAAAAGUCCAAGAUACCAGUGCACCUCUCCAAGUAUGCCUCUGUGGCAGACGAGCUCUCUGUCCGCAACGGUGUUCUGUUGAAAGACGCCCGGAUAGUCAUCCCAUCGUCCCUUCGGCUGGCGGUCCUGAUGCUGUUGCACGGUCAUCAGGGCAUCAAUAGGAUCAAAGCCCUAGGUAGGGAGUCAGUUUGGUGGCCCGGUAUCUCGGCAGACAUCGCCUCUCUUGUCACCAACUGCGAACAGUGUGCGUCCAUCUGCGUGAACUUUGAAGAGCCCCUGGUCUCUGCGGCCCUACCUGGACGUCCCUGGGAAUUUCUCGGAAUGGACUUGUUCAACCUCAACGGCCAGACGUUCAUCCUAGUGGCGGACUAUUACUCACGGUUUCCUGAGGUGGUGAAUCUGAGGAGCACGACAGCUCAGGCAGUCAUCGACAGUCUCAAAACCAUCUUCGCCCACCACGGAAUCCCACAAGAAGUCAUGUCAGUCAAUGGCCCACCGUUCUCGUCGCAAGGGUUUGCAGCGUCGUACGGCUUUAACCAUGUGACCAGCAGUCCACACUACGCUCAAUCAAACGGAGAGGAUGGUGCAUAG